UUCAUUUCAUUUUCAGUUUGUCAACUUGCUUGGUCCAGUGCAGUCGCCCAGUCAUUCUUCUUUCGGUUGUGAAACUUUAAUUGCGCACAGUAAAUUUUUAAUUAAAAGUUAUUUUGUUUUGAAUAUCACUAAAAGCUCUGCCAUGUUCAAUCUUCUUAGUUAACGGCUUCCCGCCGGUCAUGCUUAGAAGACGGCGGAUAACUCACCGCAUCUCUCUUUAGCUCCGGCAAAAAAUUUAGUGUGAUGGUGUUGUUAGUGGGUGGUGUGGGGGUGGAGGAGGUGCCCGGGGACUCGCAUACUCUGGUCAGCAACCACCCCUUCCUCAGGGAUGCAGCCGCCCACCUGCUCAGCAUACCCACCAAGGUCAUUGGCCCGCUGGGUCUACUCUAUGUCGGCCAACGGGAGAUGGCUGUCACCAUACCUCAUGACAAAAAUGUGAACAUCAUAGGCACUGAUGACUUGACAGCCUGUAUCAUGUUCAUUCUCAGGAACACAACGACGGGCGCAGUGGGCGUGGCUCACUACGAUGGGUGUGGCACAGACGAGGGUGUGACCGCCAUGGUGCAGCGAAUGCAGGAGCUGUCCUACCCGGAGACACGGCUGCAACUGCAGAUGGUCGGUGGCUUCUCAGACUCAUGUCACUACAGCGAGGAGCUCUUCUUCAACCUCAUGCAUGCAUUUCAAAAGCAGCCAAUAGAGAUAGACCUGACAAUGGCGUGUGUGGGAGAACUGAAUACCACAGUCCGAAACGGGAGGCAGUGGCCCAUACUUUUUGGUGCAGGUGUGAACGUGAAAACAGGGGAAAUUUUUCCGGCCACAUUUCCCGACAAAGGACCCGAACAGGCGCUCAGAAAAGCUAGAAAUUUAGUCGGAGCCAAACAGGUCAGUAAUUUUAGGAUAUUUAAAAUUGUAUGGUCAUUUCCAAGAGUUCAUCUUUCUCAUUUUAGAAAGUUAUUAAUUAGUGGAAUGGGAACUAUGUUUGAUUUAGAAUUUAUAAAGCCGCCACACAUAGUGAUGCAGAUCCGGACGACACUGAAGUACAUCCAGGAGAAUCCGUUUCCCGACAUCACCGUCUUCCACGACAACCGACCGCACUACUUCCGUCGCGACGAGCACACCGGCCUCUGGGUGCCCUUCCGCUAUUAGUCACAUCACAUCACAUCACAUGCCUUCUGAACUUUGUUAUUGCUAUAGACCGCCCGUCACAAGUACGACUCUCUCGAGAAAACUGCAUUGUAAUGCGCUCCAGUCGGGCGUUUUGUCAACUGCAAUGACUGAUUCCUCAUUCUAAAUUCUAAAAUGACUAAAUAAUUCUGAAUAGUACUAUAGUGAGGUCCACGUUAUAACGGCGGUAUUUGAUUAAUAUUGAUAUUGCUAUCCUUGUCUAUUAUUCGGCAAAGCAGAUAGUGCUAUCCUUUUCUACCUCUGCAAUGUUGCCAGAUCGUAUCUUAACAAUGUUGAAGUAUGAUUAAUUAACAAAUUAUUUAAGCUCAAUUAUUAAAAAAUGUAUUUUCUUGAAAAAUAGAAUAAAAUUGAUCAUUUUUAAUAAGAGUAGACAGUUAAUAUUUCAUCAGAUAUACCUGUAUCUUCUACGGAAGACAGUGGCAAGGCAGAGAAUCGGCAACGCUUUUCUCCACUGUCAUUAUAACGUGGACCUCACUAUAGCAUGUUGCAACUUGAAAGCAAAAACCUGAACCCUAAACUUUACCUUUUCCCAACUUCUCCCUAAUCCCAACCCAACCAUAAUCCUAUCCUCAUUCAACACGAUUUGUAUUCGUUCUGUACAAUAAUUCUCUACCACACGUUGAGAUGUGACUUACCUGGCUCAACCAGGCCUGCCAACAAUGAGUGCAAUCGUUUCCCCCCAAGUGAUUCUGAUGAGCAAAGUUUUAUAUACAUGGUUGUGGCUAGUGCUAAAUACUCAGAGUUGACAACCCUGCUUUACACCGCAGUCUGUUGUGGGAGCCGAGAGACGAUGUAAUCAAUCAGUCGCGUGUGAGAGUGGAUCUUGGAGCAGCAAGACCAAUUCACAAUAGCUGCCUAACAUCUUUGUCAUAGACUGAACUGAAUUAUCAGAAUACAUGACUUGAUUUCCACGGAAGCAUUGUGAACUGGAAUCUACGAGUCCAGCAAUUAACAGUGGAUAUGAGUCACCACUUUUAUACGCACAUUAAUGCAAGCUCUAUGUUGGCUAUCCUUUUGAUGAAUCGACUAUAGGAAUUUCAGAAAUGCUUAGUUGAUACUUUCUUCUUUGAAUUGUUAGGAAGAGUUAAGCUUGUGAUGGGUCGUAUGUCUGUGGUAACGGUAUUGUUAUUAAUUGACGUGUCACUAAGAUUAAAUAGUAAUAUUGUACUCUGAAUUAUAUAAAGUGAGACGUGAACAAAAUAUCCGUGUUGCUAAAUUGUUCGAAAUUUCAAUCUUUCCAUGCAAUAUCCUAUGACUGGAUAUCCAGUGAAUAUUAUUCAAUUCGACAACAGUUUUCAAUUUGAAAAUAUCUUGUCAUGAAACGAUUGAAAUUUCGCACAAUUUGGCAACACGGAUAGGAGUCUCAACUUGUUAUAUUCAUGCCCAGUUUCACCAAGCUCGGUCAAGACAUUUGAACAUGUAUAGACCGGGUACGAUUUAUAUGAUUGUGUACACUGGAAUAUUAUAGAUAGAAGCUAUUGCCAUAGAAAUCGUAUAUGUUCCAGUGCACUCUUUGUAAAUUGUAGGUGAUUUGACCACGUUAAAAUGUCUUGACCGUGCUUGAUGAAACUGGGCGUCAAAGUAUUGUGAAAUAUCAUAAACAUGAUUAUCGCUAGACUGUUGAAAACGUUAACAUCACUAGACAAUCACUAUCUAUUCUAGUUUUAUGUUUGUUGUUUAUGCUGGAAUUGAAUGUUUAAUACUAUUAAUGUGAGUUUGGUCUUCUGUCAAAUCGUACUAAAGCUGAGAAAAUGAUAGCUUGUAAUUUGUGUCAUACUGGUACAAGAAAGAAAAUUGUAUAAUUUAAAUGAAAUAUCAUGCACAAAAGUUGUUGAAUGAUACCAUCUUAUUAUGCUGUUCUUUAUAUGCAUUCGUUUUUAUGCACAAAUUUGUAGAUUUACGAUUUGCUUUCUCAAGUCUGUAGAUUGUUGAAUAAUUUUAAUUCUUAGCAUUCCUUUUCAUCAUUCCAAUGUUAUUUUUAUUCAAAAUUUCUAAUUUGUGUUUUUAUUUGAAUAUUUCGUCAUAGAGAACAUCAAGGUUCUAAAAAUUAUUUUAACAAAAAUGUUUUAUCCUGAUUUUUAUCAACCACCAAAUAAUUCAGCUACUCUGGGGUAUACUUAUUAAAAAAACAUCAAAGUACUGAAGCCUUAAGCGGAAUACUAUUGGCAAUUUUUAUAUGUGUAAAUAUUAAUUAUUAAGGUGCUAUUAUUGUUAAACUAGUUGGGUGGUUUAAUAUGCUGCUAGUUCAAUUUCACAUCUAUGCUAUAUAGAUUUAUAUAUUUUUGUACAUGAAA